AUGAAGCCAGGCUGUGUGCUGUUGCUAGGCUACACAGACUCUUGUCUGUGUUUCCAGACUCUUGUCUGUGUUUCCAGACUCUGUCUGUGUUUCCAGGCUCUUACUCUUACUCUUGCUCUUACUCUUACUCGUUUCUGUGUUUCCAGACUCUUGUCUGUGUUUCCAGACUCUUGUCUGUGUUUCCAGACUCUUGUCUGGGUCCAGCUCCUUAACUCCCCAGGUCCAGCUCCUUCACUCCCCAGGGCCAGCUCCCCAGGGCCAGCUCCCAAGGGCCAGCUCCCCAGGGCCAGCUCCCCAGGGCCAGCUCCCCAGGGCCAGCUCCCCAAUGCCAGCUCCCCAAGGCCAGCUCCCCAGGGCCAGCUCCCAAAGGCCAGUUCCCCAAAGCCAGCUCCCCAGGGCCAACUCCCCAAGGCCAGCUCCGCAGGGCCAGCUCCCCAGAGCCAGCUCCCCAGGGCCAGCUCCCCAGGGCCAGCUCCCCUGGGCCAGCUCACCAGGGCCAGCUCCCCAAGGCCUGCUCCCAAAGGCCAGCUCCGCAGGGCCUGCACCCCAAGGCCAGCUCCCCAGUGCCAGCUCCCCAGUGCCAGCUCCCUAGGUCAAGCUCCCCACGGCCUGCUCCCCAGGGCCUGCUCCCCAAGGCCUGCUCCCCAAGGCCAGCUCCGCAGGGCCUGCUCCCCAAGGCCUGCUCCCCAGAGCCAGCUCCCCAGGGCCAGCUCCCCAGUGCCAGCUCCCCAGUGCCAGCUCCCCAAGGCCUGCUCCCCAAGGCCGGCUCCCCAAGGCCUGCUCCCCAAGGCCAGCUCCCCAAGGCCAGCUCCCCAGGGUCUGCUCCCCAUGGCCUGCUCCCCAAGGCCUGCUCCCCAAGGCCAGCUCCCCAGGGCCGGCUCCCCAGGACCAGCUCCCCAAGGCCUGCUCCCCAAGGCCAGCUCCCCAAGGCCUGCUCCCCAAGUCCGGCUCCCCAAGGCCAGCUCCCCAGGGCCGGCUCCCCAGGACCAGCUCCCCAAGGCCUGCUCCCCAAGGCCAGCUCCGCAGGGCCUGCUCCCCAAGGCCAGCUCCCCAGUGCCAUCUCCCCAGGGCCAGCUCCCUAGGGCAAGCUCCCCACGGCCUGCUCCCCAGGGCCUGCUCCCCAAGGCCUGCUCUCCAAGGCCAGCUCCGCAGGGCCUGCUCCCCAAGGCCGGCUCCUCAAGGCCAGCUCCCCAGGGCCGGCUCCCCAGGACCAGCUCCCCAAGGCCUGCUCCCCAAGGCCAGCUCCCCAAUGCCAGCUCCCCAAGGCCAGCUCCCCAGGGCAAGCUCCCAAAGGCCUGCUCCCCAAGGCCAUCUCCCCAGGGCCAACUCCCCAAGGCCAGCUCGCCAAGGCCAGCUCCCCAGAGCCAGCUCCCAAGGGCCAGCUCCCCAGGGCCAGCUCCCCAGGGCCAGCUCCGCAGGACCAGCUCCCCAAUGCCAGCUCCCCAAUGCCAGCUCCCCAAGGCCAGCUCCCAAAGGCCAUCUCCCCAAGGCCAGCUCCCCAGGGCCAGCUCCGCAGGACCAGCUCCCCAAUGCCAGCUCCCCAAUGCCAGCUCCCCAAGGCCAGCUCCCAAAGGCCAUCUCCCCAAGGCCAGCUCCCCAGGGCCAGCUCCCCAGUGCCAGCUCCCCAUGGCCAGCUCCCUAGGGCCAGCUCCCCAGGGCCUGCUCACCACGGCCUGCUCCCCAGGGCCUGCUCCACAAGGCCAGCUCCCCAAGGCCAGCUCCGCAGGGCCUGCUCCCCAAGGCCUGCUCCCCAGAGCCAGCUCCCCAGUGCCAGCUCCCCAGGGCCAGCUCCCCAGGGCCAGCUCCCCAGGACCAGCUCCCCAAGGCCAGCUCCCCAAGGCCUGCUCCCCAAGGCCAGCUCCCCAAGGCCUGCUCCCCAAGGCCGGCUCCCCAAGGCCGGCUCCCCAGGGCCGGCUCCCCAGGACCGGCUCCCCAAGGCCUGCUCCCCAAGGCCAGCUCCCCAAGGCCAGCUCCCCAGGGCCAGCUCCCAAAGGCCAGCUCCCAAAGGCCAGCUCCCCAGGGCCAACUCCCCAGGGCCAGCUCCCCAAGGCCAGCUCCCCAGAGCCAGCUCCCCAGGGCCAGCUCCCCAGGGCCAGCUCCCCAGUGCCUGCUCCCCAGGGCCAGCUCCCUAGGGCAAGCUCCCCAGGGCCUGCUCCCCAGGGCCAGCUCCCCAAGGCCUGCUCCCCAAGGCCAGCUCCGCAGGGCCUGCUCCCCAAGGCCAGCUCCCCAGGGCCAGCUCCCCAGUGCCAUCUCCCCAAGGCCUGCUCCCCAAGGCCAGCUCCCCAAGGCCAGCUCCCCAAGGCCGGCUCCCCAAGGCCAGCUCCUCAGGGCCGGCUCCCCAGGACCAGCUCCGCAGGGCCUGCUCCCCAGAGCCAGCUCCCCAGUGCCAGCUCCCCAGUGCCAGCUCCCCAAGGCCAGCUCCCCAAGGCCUGCUCCCCAAGGCCGGCUCCCCAAGGCCUGCUCCCCAAGGCCAGCUCCCCAAGGCCAGCUCCCCAGGGUCUGCUCCCCAUGGCCUGCUCCCCAAGGCCUGCUCCCCAAGGCCAGCUCCCCAGGGCCGGCUCCCCAGGACCAGCUCCCCAAGGCCUGCUCCCCAAGGCCAGCUCCCCAAGGCCUGCUCCCCAAGGCCUGCUCCCCAAGGCCAGCUCCCCAGGGCCGGCUCCCCAGGACCAGCUCCCCAGGGCCAACUCAUAA